UUAGUUUAAUGUCAAAGGCUUCACAGCCAGUGUCGCUUGUCUUAGGGGUUUAUUUAUCAAUUUCCCGAGAGAAAAUGUUAAGAUACGCAAUAUAUCUGUCGUUGGUGUGCGCAAUGUUUCUCAAAAUCAUAGAGGCUUCACCUGCGGAGAGUGACCGUCGUUCCCGCAGCAUCUGGCCGUUUUCAUCCACCGAACUGCGAGCCGAGGAUCUCAUAUCCGAGGAAAAUAAGCUCAUCCUUAAGAAGGCGGGCUUGGAGAAGUCCCUGGAUCUGAGCGGCCAUCCGCUUUGGAAGGUCCACAAGUACGAGGGUGUCGACGUGAAGCCCGUUCACAUCGAGACACAGGUUAUCAAGUCUGACUCUUCCAUUCAGGAGCCAUCGAUCACUGCCCCAGUAGUGAAAGCUGUAAGUUCCACCUCCACAUCGGCGCCCAUAGAUCUGAGUUUCCUGGAUGAUUUGGGCGGACUGGCUUCCCUCUUACCCGAUCCAAAGCCCGAUGAGGAUAAAAUCAGCGACUUUAUCGCCGACACUAUCAAGAAGGAGGAAGAAAAUCAUCCCGGUUUCUUUAAGCACCUCUGGUGGAAGAUUUGGGGUGCACCGGCUGACAAGGUCAACGACAUCAAGGACAAGACAUCGGGCCUCAUCUCGUCGCUUUUCAGCGUCGGUCAAAAGGCCGUAUCAAGAGAUAAGGAAGACGAAGUCCUGACGAUCUAUCUACCGGAAACUCAAGGCUCUUACGCUGCUGUCUUUUUGCCAGCCAGGAGUCAAGACAUCAAACAGCAGGCUCUAUUGUUCCCGAGCAAGGAGCCGGUGGCGCAACUACCUCAGAAAGUGGAGCCUAGAGUUCCGGCUCUUCCGCUCAAUCACGCGAACGAGCUAACACAGCCGCUAGCAGAGAGGCCGAGGCUCGAGGCGACGAAACCAGUAGCCCGUCCCGUCGCCGCCAAUUCCGAAUUCAGCCGCUCCGAGGCCUGGAUCCAGUCCUGGACCCCUCACGCCGCCUACAGCGUGCACGUUCAAGGACCCGCCGGGCCGACCACGCCGCAGCCCCUCGCCGAGGACCCGCUGGACCAGUACCAGCGGAAGGUUUCGCAGCUCGAUCCUGAGCACCAGGAGAAGACACAGGUGGAGUUGGAGGAGGAGCCGCGGAAGAAGGAGAAGGUCGGGGGGACCGCGGAUGAUCCCAAGGGUAAGGAGGUGGCCGCGACCGAAGUCCAAGUUCAAGAGGAACCUAAAAAGGAGGUGACUACGGAACGCGGCAGGGAGCUCAUCCGUGGCCUUAAGAUCCCGGAUGCCCUGCUAAAGAAGUUUCAGGUCAAUUCGAAGGACGUGCAGGCGAUCCUGAACGACAAGGAGAGCGCGACGAAGGCGAGCGAGCGUCUCAGGACCCUGCAGAGGGAGUUCGAGAUGCGGAAGGAUCAGCUGAGCUACGCCUUCGCGAGCCCGAAGAAGCGGAAGGAGGAGUAAACGAGGAGUAAACGAGCUGCCGAUUAUUUAUUGUUGACGUAUUUGUAAUAUAAGCGAGGAAUAAAUUAUUUAUAACCAAGAAGAUGGUAAUAAACAUU